AUGGAAGUAAACAAGUUUCAUGGACAAAUUCCAGCAAGAUGGCAGUUAGCAUCAACCCUACAGAUUAAUCUUUCUCACAAUGACUUAUCUGGUGCCGUGCCUGAAUUAUUUGGGUACCUUCCUAAGUUGGAGCAACUCGAUCUAUCUUACAACAACUUGGAAGGGGCUAUUCCUACAAGUGGGAUCUUUGAGAAUUCUGCCGCAGUAGUUUUGGAUGGAAACAAGGGACUCUGUUCGAAUUCCUCGAGGCUAGCAUUACCAAUUUGUCCUGGCAUCUCAUCUUCAGCAACUAAAACAAAGCACCAUAUGUCCUUGCUGGCAACCUUGCUGCUAAUUGUACUACCACCACUUACUAUUGCUUCCCUAGUCUUGCUAUGCUUUCUGCCCGCUCUUUGGAAGAGAGCAGUGUUCUUAUUUUUCCAAUUGGCGGUUGUGUCCAAGAAGAUGUUUCAUUUUGUUAGCCAUCACAAGAGAAAAGAAGUGCAUACAGUUCCGUGCAACGAUGAGAAGAAGCUAAAGAGGGUGUCAUAUCAGGACAUUCUUAAAGCUACCAACUGGUUUUCUUCGCUUCAUACUAUCAGCUCAACCUCUACUGGGUCAGUUUAUGUUGGUAGGUUCAAGUUCGACAGGAGAUUGGUUGCCAUCAAAGUAUUCAACGUGAGUGAACCUACCGGGAGUGAUAGUUACUUUAUUGAGUGUGAAGUGCUACGAAACACCCGCCAUAGAAAUAUAAUGUGUCCUGUGACCGUAUGCUCGACAUUUGAUUCACAAAAUCAUGAGUUCAAAGCGCUGAUAUUCAAGUUCAUGGUUAAUGGCAGCCUUGACAGAUGGUUACACUCUGAGCAACACAGUGGAAUCCCAGGCAGAGGGCUAAACUUUGGGCAGAGGAUAUGCAUAGCGGCAGAUGUGGCUUCUGCUCUUGAUUAUGUCCACAACCAACUGACGCCUCCUUUGAUCCAUUUCGAUUUGAAGCCAGAGAAUAUCCUGUUGGACGAUGACAUGACUGCACGGCUCAGUGAUUUCGGGUCAGCAAAGUUUUUGUCGAAUAUGUUUAUUCCUAAAAGCCUGGAUGAUGUUGGAGGAACAGUUGGAUACAUGGCUCCCGAGUACGGGUUAGGUUACGAGAUCACCGUAGGAGUUGAUGCAUAUAGUUUUGGAGUGCUUCUGCUGGAGUUGCUUACCGGAAAAAGACCAACCGAUGAUAUGUUUGUUGAUGGACUUACCCUUCCCAGUUUCUCUGAAUCCAUGUUUCCUGAAAGAGUCGCGGAGAUUCUAGAUCCUCGUAUGGGACAUGAGGAGUAUCAAGGGUGUGCAGAAGUAUGGACGCAAAGAUAUAUUGUACCCCUGGUUGCUCUUGGGCUGUCAUGUACUGUGAAAUCUCCGAAGGACAGACCUGGAAUGAAAGAUGUUUGUGCAAAACUUUCUGCUAUAAGAGACGCUUUUCUUGAACACCGUGAUGACGAUUGA